GUAAUUUCGCUGGGGUGAGAGAAGUGCGUUGGUCACUGCUGCUGCACCUGUUGGCUUUUGCCCCUGCCAUGCCGAAGAGGAUGGAGAAAAACAAAGUGCUGGCAAAAAAGAGGCUACGGGUUCCCACUCAGAAAAUGAAGGACCUGAGCUCCCCUCCCCCAAAUGAGCAAUCUGGUUGUGUUGCAUUUGUCAGAUGGGAGGAUGGUUAUACCGGCAAAAUCUUUAAAGGAUCUGACAUUUUGGCAAGAGAUGAGGCUCCUGUGCAGCUGCAAGAUCUUAGAUCAGGAGACCCUGUUUUAGCAAAGUGGUCAGAUGGUAAAUUUUAUAAGGCCACUGUUGAAUAUAUUUCAGGGGAAGAUCAGGCUAAGCUGCCAAAAGGCCACCCAACUCCACAGGAGUCCUUUUUAAAUAUUUUAAAAGGCGAUGAGCCAUCAGACAUAACGUCAGGGUCUGACACCAUUAUAAUAGAUAGGAGCCCACUGUCUGAGCAUGGCGAGAAAAUCCCAUCGCUGAAUCCAUCACCUGACGGGGGACUUGCAACAGGCCGCAACACAGCUGGACCACCACCCUAUGGCUCUGCCAAAGGGGGGACCAUUGGUCCAUCACCCUACAGAGGCCAUACACCCAGCCCAUCACUGUAUGACCUCAACACCUCUGGUCCAUCACCUGGUGGAGGCCAUACACCCAGCCCAUCACUGUAUGACCUCAACACCUCUGGUCCAUCACCUGGUGGAGGCCAUACACCCAGCCCAUCACCGUACAGCCUCAACACCUCUGGUCCAUCACCUGGUGGAGGCCAUGCAGCCAGUCCAUCAGCGUACAGCCUCAACACCAUUGGUCCAUCACCCUACAGAGGCCAUGCACCCAGCCCAUCACCGUACAGCCUCAACACCUCUGGUCCAUCACCUGGUGGAGGCCAUACACCCAGCCCAUCACUGUAUGACCUCAACACCUCUGGUCCAUCACCUGGUGGAGGCGAUACACCCAGCCCAUUACUGUUUCAUGCACUUUUUGAUCAUUUCUUCACUGUUGAGGAGUGUCAAAAUGCAGUGCCCUUUGGUCGCCCUGGCAACAACCCCUCAGGAAAGGAAGGAAAGCAGGUCCUUGACCGUAAAAAAGUUGACGGAAUCCUAACUUAUGUCCUGAGAUGUGCAACUCUACCGGACUGGGAACCAAUUGAGGAGGCCAAGCUCAAGAAAGCCUUUGUGAACAAAUGUAGGGCCAUAGCAGGCUCCAAGGAGUAGGCCACUGAUAUAGCCUGUCCUAUGUGGACCGCUAUCUCUCUCUCUCUACCCCUUCUUUUAUUUUUCUUAUUCAUUUUCAUGGUAAUAUGUUAAUAUAGUUAGUAGUAGUAGGCAACGGGACCGCCAGACCGGUAAUGACCAUGGCAAAUUCACAUACGGUAGUCUACUGCCGGCAACGGCACCGAUCGGGUCAGAAUGAACACCAUCAACGACAACAACUCCUAUUGGCUGCUCCCAUUCACCUCUGGUUCAACCUCGGAGUUGGUACAUUCCCUUUCUGGUUGUUGAUAUUUGUAAAUUUGUCUUGGUGUUUGUAAAAGUGUGUUCUUGGUAAUUUGUUUUCUGAAAUUUAAAUUUGUUUCGGGACUUGUAAAUGUGUUAUGGUAAUGUCAUUUGUUUUAUGAUAUGUAAAAAUGUUUUCUAAAAUUUAAAUUGGUCUCAAGCUCUGUAAAAGUGUUUCAGAUUUUGUAAUGUUAGUUUGCACCUCCAGGCCACCGUACUUUUCAUGUGUGUGUGAGCCAAACAUUAUUGUUCCAUGUGCUAGUCAGUGUUUUAUUUUUACAAUCUGGAAGUGUUGUACUGUACUGUACUAGUGAUGUCCCCACACUCUAGCACCUACAUCUGAGGAGUGAGCUGAGUUGGUACAAGUGUACCUUACUAUAGUUAGCAUUCUAACCAAACCCUGUUAUCUUUUCAUGUUGGUUUUGCACCUCCAGGCCACCAUACUUUUCAUGUGUGAGCCUAACAUUGUUGUUCCACGUAUCCCACGUUCCACUUGCUGGUCAGUGUUUUUUGUUUUGAAGUGUUGUACUGGUGUUACA